GUCGAGCACGGCUGCCACGUGCUCAACGUCUGGCGCCCCGCGGGCGCGGCCGCCGACGCGGCGCUGCCCGUGAUCAUGUUCGUGCCCGGCGGCAGCAACGACUUCGGCGAGGCCGAGCCCUACAACGCGAGCAUGCUCGCGAGCGCGCAGCACGCCGUCGUCGCGUCCAUCAACUACCGCGUGGGGCCCUUUGGGUUCUUGGCCUUCGAGGAGGACGUCGGCGAGCGCGCGACGGGCAACUGGGCGCUGACGGACAUCCAGGCCGCGCUCGUCUUCCUCCGGCGCGAGGUCGGCGCCUUCGGCGGCGAUCCGACGCGCCUCACGAUCUUCGGCCAGAGCUCCGGCGCGAGCUUGUGCAACUUGCACGCCGUGCUCCCGUCGUCCGGGGGCCUCCUCGAGGGCAUCGUCUCCGAGUCCGGCGGCCUCGACGCGGGCGACGCGCGCGUGAUCGCUUCGUCUUUAGGCCUCCGGCGCACCGCCGCGGGCUUCGAGGAGGCCGGCGCCAAGGCCUACCUGUACCGCUUCGACUACUGGUUCCAGAGCGACGAGACGUGCACGGCCGUGGCCAACUGGCACCCGCCGGAGUUCGGCUCUAUGCACCAGGACGAGAUCAGCUUCGUCUUCGGCCAGCCCAUCAAGAUGAACCUCGGCUACACG